AUGGCAGCGUUUGGAAGCGCGUCUUUUCCCUUGGAGAGGCUGAGGAGCACCAACUACUCCUACUGGAAGGUAAAGACUGAAAUGCUGCUGGUGAAGGAGGGUGUCUGGCACACUGUUGCAGAAGACCCCCCAGCAGCCCCACCGGCAGAGUGGAUAAGAGCAGCAGAGAAAGCAAAAGCUCUGCUUAUCCUAGCUCUGGAGAAUGAACAGUUAAUACAUGUCAGUGGCUUAAACACAGCAAAGGAAGUUUGGAAUGUUUUACGUGCUGUACAUGUGAGAAAAACUGCAGGCUCUAAAGUUCUACUUGCUAAAAGACUGUACCAGACCCGAUACAAAGAGGGAGUGAUAAGUGCGUUAGAAAGUCUUCUGGACGCGGACCUCAGCAUGACGUACAUCACAAACAAACUACUUCAAGAAGCAGAACGCCGACAAGAGAAAAGUAAACAGAGCAACAAAGAAAACCCGGAGCGGAAUGCACAAGGACCGAUGGCGUAUGGAGUGAAACGUUGCUACAGAUGCGGCUCCACAACUCAUCUACGCAGACAAUGCCAGGCAGAGACGAAAAGAAGAUUGCAACAAACCUGCACUGAGCAUGCCACGUGUGACCGAUUCCUGCAGGAAAGCCUCAACGCCCCCCAACUACCUGGUACAGUAGAGCACCGGCAGCAACAACAACAAAAUGGCAGGACUUCAGCCCAGCCCUUUUCAUCACGUUGGAAAGACUCAGAUCUGCGAUGCCUCAUUCACACAUGCAAGCUGCAACUUGAUGAAGUGGUCACCAAGCUGUCCUUAUCUUACCGGAGCAUAUUUGCAGUAGCAGCAGAUAUAGUUCCAAACACACUCAAGCAGCAAGCUCAAUUACAUUUCUCCUAUUGUCUUCUCUCUUUCUCUCUUCCCCUCUGCCCCCAAGGCAUUACCUUCUGGAGCCAAAAGGGGAAGAAGCAAGCACAACAUUCCCUCAGGAAUUCCCCCUUUUGGGGCAACGUUCAAUCGGCGCUGAAACUGCUUGGAAAAGCAAGUAGAAUGAGAAUGGAUGUAUUCCUAGCUGCCGUCUUAUAUCUUCUCUCCAGCUAUGUUCCUUGUCAUGGGACUGCAACUUCAGCGGAUGGGGAGGAUUAUGUACAUGUUGUUGGUCCUGCUUUGCCCCCACUGAAACUUGGCAUGUCAAUCUGUGCCUUGAAAGCUGAUGGUGGCCCAUGCAAAGCAUUGAACACCCGAUAUCACUUUGACAUUCAAACCCGCCAGUGUGAAAUCUUUAACUAUGGUGGAUGUGAAGGCAAUGAAAACAACUUUCUAACCCUAAAGGAAUGCCAGGAAACAUGUAUCGUACCAGAUUUGCCUAAGAAGAAAAAGAAAAAGAAAUCAAGAUUUAAGAAAGAAAAGCCUUCUUACUGCCUUCUGGAGAAUGACCCUGGAAUCUGCCGAGGAUUGAUUUCUAGGUAUUUUUACAACAAAGAAUCUCUGAAGUGUGAAAAGUUCCAGUAUGGUGGUUGCCUAGGAAACCAAAACAACUUUCAUACUUUGAAAGAAUGCCAAAACACCUGCCAGGAUAGUCUCCCUUUGGCCAAUUCAUUGCAAAUAGAUGACAACAGCAUGCCCUUUAAUUCAACAAACAAUUCAGCUCCAGUUUUAAAGCAAGAGGCAGCCCUGCUUCCUUCACUUUGUGUGAUGCAUAUGGACAGAGGCCUCUGCAAAGCCAACGAGAAAAGAUUCUACUACAAUCACACUCUUGGAAAAUGCCGUCCAUUCAGCUAUAGUGGAUGUGGUGGGAAUGAAAACAACUUUACCACUAGAAAGUCAUGCCUGCGGAUGUGUAAAAAAGGCUUCAUUAAAAACCAGAGACAACCAGGCAGAAUGAAAAUCCGCCGGAAAAGAAAGAAACGACCCGUGGAGCUGAUAGAUGGGGAAAUUGUCAUUGAAAGGAUAUGACUUCCAUUCUCCCGUUGCAGAUCAUUUGCAUUUCCUGCCUUUUUGAACACUUUGUAUACACAUUAUUUAUCAAGAUUUUAUAUUGCUGCUGCUUCUGUGUCCCCUCUGUCUCGUGUAAGUUUUGUAGAUGGUAUAAACUGAACUUUUUAUUGUUAUGCUAGUUGUGACCCUGGCCUGUGUUAGUUACAUAGAAAUAAUUACACUCACACCCACAUCCCCAGCAUAAAAAUGUUUUCAGGAUUCCAGGACAUAAGGCUGUGAACCUGAAUUCUUGUAUCUUCAGUAUUCCUGCUAAAAUGUCUUUUAAUCACCCAUGCUAAUCUGCUACAACUAAUCCACUGUGACUAUGCUAAUCAUCCAUGCUAAUCUGCUGUGACUAAUCCACCCAAAUAAUCCCAGUGGGGGCUAUAAAUCCUGUUAUAUGGGCUUUGCUAAAGGAAAGGCUUUAAGAUUGCAGGCAGAGCAAUCCUAUGCAUGUCUGCUCAGAAGUAAACCCUAUUGAGUUCAGCAGCGCUUACUUCCAAGUAAGUGUGUAUAGAACUACAGCCUUAUUCCAUUUUAUUUCCACUACAGUGGUGACCAUUUGUGGCCUGUAGAUCUAAUAUAAUGGCUGAGAAUUUCCAGAGCUUGAAGUAGCUGGGAACAAGUUCCUCUCCCCAAAGAUUAUUUGUGAGUAAUUGAGGAAAUUCUGUGGAUCUUUUGUUCAGGACACAAGAAUCACAGGGUUAAGCUAACACAGGUUCAGAAUGCUUGAUAUCUGCAGUUUGCAAGCUUGUAUUAGAACUGGGAUUGGUUUAGAAUUCCAGAAUUAGAUCAUAUGUGAGAGCUUUUUCAGAAUCUAAUUCCAUGUAAUUUCCACCUUGAGGAGACUGAGGAAAAAGUGAUGUUCCAUAGGGCCAGCUUCUGGCUUUUGAGAUUCAUCCAUCCCUUCCUCUGGCCCCACCCCUUAAAACUAAGUCUGUGGGCACACACUUGAAAAGCAGCCAGAAUAGUUUUUCUGGCUGUGUUUGGGAGUGACUCAGCCCUCUGCUAGCCACACCUCCCUUCCCUAUUAUUAACCUCAGGCCUUUCAGGACCACCCACAGCAUAUUGUUGGGCUAAUCACUAUCUCUGCUUGAGCCUGCAGCAAAUAAUUUCCAUUGGCCACACCUGGAAGGCAAACAGGUUGAACUACCAAUUAGUUGUAAAAUCUGCCUGAAGCUGAAUUAAAAACAAAAACUAGAGCUUAUCCAACCAGGUUUUAGAGUGAAAAAGGAUGGUGUUUGACUAGCAUUCUGUGCCUCCAUUGUUUUUUUAAAAAGUGAUGCACUGGAACUAGAAUAAGAGUAAGUGUGUGUCUACCCUAAAUCAAGUCUAAUCUAACAUGACAGUCCCCUGUUAUCAAAUAAAAUACAAACCUUUGAAAUUGUCUUUUAUAAUUUUCUUUUUGAAAAAAAAAGUAACUGUACCUAUGUGCUGGGGAUAAUUUUUGCUGGGAAUGAUGUGCCUACUGAAACUUACUAAAUAAUAAAGGCUCUUGUAAAAUA